AUGAGUACCCCCCUAGCACAAUAUUUAACCAAUACUCUAGGAUAUAUUAGAAGAGAAGAUGGUAACGGAUUUAGAAAUUGUAUCACAAUUAGUCCUGGACCAUCUGAAGGUACACUUCGAGCUUAUUUCCCAGAUCCUUCAGAAUUUGAUUUGUAUCCAUUACCAGAAAAAUUUCGUUCUGUAAUUAAGUCAUAUCUUAAACUUAUGAAAUCUGUAUACAUUUUAAAUGAUGUCGAUGCUUCAUUUAACGAUAUCAAUGAUAUGAUGAGUAGUCUCAAUCGUGCGGCAGAUACACAAACUAACUGGAUAAAUCCUGCUUUAAUUAAUGCAAGUACAGAACUUAUAAGUGUUUAUCAAGUUAAACAAAAGACUAAGCCUGAUGAAAAGCAAGGUGAGUCGUUAGAUAUUAUGGAGAUGUCUGGUAUGUCCAAUUCAUCAUCAUCAUCUCUUGAAAAGCUUGCAUCAACGGUAAAUAAUUCAUUUAAACUUUCAUUAAAUGAUAAAAAUCCAGAUAUAAGACAAUCAAAGAGAUCGGAUAUAUAUUUUUUCCUUGGGAAUCUUAUCAAAAUUUAUUUCAAAUUAGGUAAAUUAGAACUUGCAAAAUCCGUGGAAAAGGCAUUGAAAGGUACAAGAUUUGAAUUACCUCCAUUGAAUGGGCCUAUAAGGACCAAAAAAUACGCCGUGACAUAUUUGUAUUACAGUGCUUUACUCUCAUUGGACGAUUCUGACUUUAUAUCCACUGAAUCUAAACUUGUCAAGGCUAUGGAUAUAAUCAAUUUGUACAAUGAACCAAAUUUGAUAAUUAAACAAACAGAAAAAAUCUUGAUGAUUUUAAUCCCAUUAAGAUUAUAUAAUAGUAAAAUCUUGCCUCAUAAUGAUAUUUGGAUAAGAUUUCCAAAUUUAAAAUAUAUUUAUAAAGAUACACUUUUCAAGGCAAUUCAUAGAGGUGAUUUGAAAUCAUUUGAUAUAUAUCAAAAGAAAUUUCAAUUAAUAUUCUUAAAGAGACAUUUAUAUUUGUUGAUUGAGAAUUUGAAAAGUUUAUGUUAUUUACAAUUGAUUAAAAAGACUUCAUUAAUAGUUACAGAAUUAAAUAAGGGAAACACAUCUCAUAUAAUUCCGCUUUCAGCAUAUCAAGUUGCAUUGGAAUUCUCCACAAGACAUGUAUUAAAUAAUGGGUCAUAUGCAUUACCUUCUUCCACGGGUGUUACAGAAGGAGGCUUUUCACAUCAUUUAGAUGCAGUGGAAUGUAUUCUUGCAAAUCUUAUCUAUACAGAAAAAAUCAAGGGAUAUGUCUCUCAUGGUAAUAAAUGCAUUGUAUUAUCGAAAACAAAUGCAUUUCCCAAUCAACAAUAA